UUCUUUCUAUCUAUCUGUAAAGAACAGACCUGGGGAAAUAUAUUAUAACAAAGAACAGUUUGAUUUUGUGUUUUCUGGUAAAUUUUGGUGUUUGGGAUUUUAGUUUUUGGUGAGAUGCGGUCUGGGUUGAGUACAAUUUUGCAGACGUUAACCCCGGAGGCGGCUAGCGUACUCAACCACUCCAUAGCGGAGGCGAGCCGCCGCAACCACGGCCAGACGACGCCGCUGCACGUCGCCGCCACGCUGCUCGGCUCCCCCACCGGCUUUCUCCGCCAGGCGUGCAUCCGUUCCCACCCCAAUUCCUCCCACCCGCUGCAGUGCCGCGCGCUGGAGCUCUGCUUCAGCGUCGCCCUCGAGCGGCUCCCCACCGCGCAGAACAUGCCUCCGGGGACGGAGCCGCCGAUUUCCAACGCGCUUAAUGCCGCGCUCAAGCGGGCGCAGGCGAAUCAGCGCCGCGGCUGCCCCGAGCAGCAGCAGCAGCCGCUCCUCGCCGUCAAAGUCGAGCUGGAGCAGUUGAUAAUAUCGAUUCUUGACGACCCCGGCGUUAGCCGGGUGAUGAGGGAGGCCAGUUUUUCCAGCCCGGCGGUGAAGGCCACAAUCGAACAGACGCUAAAUUCCACCUCUAAUCACACCCAUCACCAUUCCACUCCUGUGAAUUUGGGCAGUUUCGGUGGAAUUGGGCCUCGGAUGCUCCCAAAUCCGGCCUCCAUCUCCACUCCAUCGUCGUUGCCGGCGCCGCCCAAUCGGAAUAUGUAUCUGAAUCCCCGGCUACAGCAGCCAGGAGGAGGAGUAUCAUCUCAGGUUGGGAAUCAGAAUCAGAAUCAGAGGAAUGAAGAACUGAGAAAAAUUCUAGAAAUUCUCGCUCGGACUAAAAAAAGAAACCCGAUUUUGGUCGGCGAAGGCGAGCCGGAGGCGGUGGCGAAGGAACUAUUCCGGAGGAUCGAGAAAGGCGAACUGGGCGCCGCCGGCGAAGGCCCUCUCAAGAAUGUUCAACUCAUUCCAAUCGACAAAGAUUCAUUAUUAUCCGACAAGAACGAGAUUCCCAUGAAGAUCAAGCAACUGGGCGACCUAAUAGGGACUAGGAUAGGGAAUGGUAAAGCCGUGAUUCUUGAUUUGGGCGAUUUGAAAUGGCUGGUGGAACAGCCGAUUCCGCCGCCCCAGCAGCAGCAGCAACCGGUGGUUUCCGACGCCAGCCGCACCGCCGUGGCGGAGAUAGCCAAACUCCUCGCCGCUUUCGCCGGCGACACCGCCGGUGCCGGCCAUAGUAGAAUAUGGUUAAUAGGCACCGCCACUUGCGAGACUUAUUUAAGGUGUCAAGUUUAUCAUUCCACCAUGGAAAAUGAUUGGGAUCUACAAGCAGUCCCCAUGGCUUCAAAGUCAACUAAUCCUGGGAUUUCUCCCUGGCUUGGAAAGGAAAGAUUGUUGUUGAGCAACCCUUGCGAGUCGCUAAGUCCAUUGAAAACUUUUCCCGUUGCUGUGGCGCCUCCCUUACUAAGAUGCAUUCCCGAGAACGUGAAUCUUGUUAGGAGGACGAGUGUGACAACGUUGUCGUGUCCUCAAUGUAUGGAGAAAUAUGAACAAGAGCUCGCAAAGCUAGUGUCCGAGUUCGAGAAUUCGCCUCCCGAUGCUAAUUCGGAUUCAGCUCGACCAACGUUGCCCCAAUGGUUGCAAAAUGCGAAGCUAAGUAAUGGCGAUAAGAGUAAGGACCAAGAACUUUUGAAGCUAAAGACUCAAGCUUUACAGAAGAAGUGGAGUGAAAAAUGCUCGCAAAUUCAUCCGAAUUUCCACCGUAAUGUCGGUUCUGAGAAGGCAACGGGUUCUCCCAUGCUGGGUAUGCCAAGCUUACAGAACCCGAACUUGCUUUUGCAACCUAAACUGCAAACAGCCAAGAGCCUCGUGGAGACUUUGCAACCGAGACUACAAACUACUAAAAGCCUCGGGGAGACUUUGCAACCGAAACUACAUAAGGGCAUCGGGGAGGGUUUUGGCAGACCUCCCCAGCUUGCGAGUAGCCCCCCCGAGAGCCCCGUGAGGACUGAACUGUUUCUUGGGCAAAAACCAACUGAAAUCACCUCCCAAAAAUCUCGAGACGACCACGUUAAGGACUUCCUUGGCUGCAUCUCUUCAGAGUCCGAGAAGAAGAUCCUUAGCAAAUUCGCGAGUGCGUUGGAUGCUGAUACCUACAAGAAGCUACUCAAGGGUCUCGUGGAGAAGGCGUGGUGGCAGCAGGAAGCAGCGUCGGCUGUGGCUUCCGCUGUAACGAAAUGCAGAUUAGGCAACGGAAGGCAGCGUGGCGGGGCAUCGAAAGGCGACACAUGGUUGUUAUUCACGGGCCCUGACCGGAUUGGCAAGAGGAAAAUGGCAUCAGUUCUUGCUGAUCAAAUAUGCGGGGCUAGUCCAAUACUGAUAUCUCUCGGCUCUCGUCGUGAUGAGGAAACCGAGAAGGAUUUCCGUGGUAAAACAGCUCUAGACCGCAUAGCAGAAGCCGUUAGGAGAAACCCGUUCUCGGUCAUUAUGCUCGAGGAUGUCGAUGAGGCGAACAUGCUAGUCCGAGGGAACAUAAAACGGGCGAUGGAAAGAGGAAGGCUUACUGAUUCUCAUGGCCGCGAGAUCAGUCUCGGGAACAUUAUAUUCAUUCUUACUGGAAACUGGUCUACAAUUAACGAGAACUCGAUGGAUGACAAGAAGAUGGCAUCUCUCUCUAGUAACAAUUGGCAGCUAAGACUAGCAAUAGGCCAAAAGGGCACAAAGCGUGGGGCGAGCUGGUUGUACGACGAAGACAGGCCAACAAAACUGAGGAAAGAGCUAGGUUCGGGGCUCGGUUUUGACCUCAACGAAGCGGCCGACACUGCCGAUGAUCGAGCCGACGGGUCACACAACUCGAGUGAUCUCACUAUCGAGCACGAAGAGGAGCUCGGGCUAGAAAACAUGCAAUUCUCAAUCACAUCCGUCCCCCACGAGCUCGUAAAUGCUGCAGACGACCUCAUCGUGUUCAAGCCCAUCGACUUCGCCUUGCUUCGUCGUAAAAUCAAGAAGACGAUCUCGUCCUUAGUCGUCGAAGACAAGGUUGUGAUACAAGUGGAAGAAGAGGUAGUAGACAGGAUCCUAGCGGGGCUGUGGCGGGGCCAAACGAGCCUCGACGAGUGGGUCCACAACGUCUUAGCCCCGAGCUUCGACAAGCUCCAGCCUGAUGACAACACAAUCGUCCGGCUUCAGCUCGAACCCGACACCGACUUGAGUAGCCGGAGCACCGGAGAAUGGCUGCCCAGUAAAGUCACGGUAACAGCCAGUUGAGGGGCAUAAAAAAACUAUUGGGGAUAGAAUUCGCAUUUGGUCAUAUCUUUUGGGGCGCAGAUGUAAAUACAGGUAAACUUUUGGAGGUGGCACCAAGAAUUUAGGGAGAAAAAAAAACGUAUAAGGAAAAAACAGUGUUAGAAAAAAAGUGGAUGUUGAUAGAUCAACGGAAUCUUGAACGGCUCCCACUUUUUUUUUUCUUUUUUUUUUUGGUUAUUAAAAUUUAUUUUAUUCCUUUUUCUUUU